UCCUAGCGCCAGAUGAAAUCUGAGUUUUGACUUGCGAAGUAUAUAGAAAGGCAGAAGAUAAUUUCUUUACACGUUGAAAAAGCAGAGAUUUUAAAUCAAAUUUUCUCUCAACAACCGAAAAUAGAUUACAACUUAGCAGGAUGAGUUUAAGGCCUCGUCCAGUCACUGCCACAGUUACAAAACCAAAAUGGAUGGAGCCUCAGGUCAUAAGGCCUAGAUCUAGGUCAUUAGAAUCCAAUGGAUCUACUGCAUCUUUGACUUCAGUACUUGAUCAUGACAGUUAUGAAAGUGUGGGAGAAAGUGAAGAUGAAUUACAUACAGAGGAAGGGGAUCAAUAUACAAGAAGUGAUAUAGAUAAUAGAUUACAUGAAGAUGUUAAAAAUAAAUGCAUUAUAUCAGAAUCUUCAUCACAAUACACAGAACAAAAGGAACCUCAGUUGUCAUCAUGGGAAAAAUGGUUGAUUCAAAAAAGUAAAAGUGAAAGGAAAAAACAAAGAGAAAUUAGGAGAGCAAAAAAACAAGAAAAAACACAAAAAGAAAAGGAAAAACAGGAAAAGGAAAUGAAAGAAAAGAAAGCAGAGGAGAGGAGGAAAGAAUGGUUAGAACAAAAAAGUUAUGAAGAAAAAUUACGUAAAAAGAAUGAUAGACAGAGAAAAAGAUUAGAAAAAGACUUAAAGGAAAAUGAAAAGAGACGUAUAGCUGUUAAAGCUGAGGGUAAUUAUGAUGAGUGGAUGGAAAGAAAAAAGAAAGAAGAAAAAGAUUUGAAAAAAGAACAGAAACGAAGACAACAAGAGAUAGAACAUGCAAAGAAAAAACAACAAAUAGACGCACAACAUAAAUAUGAAGAAUGGUUACACAGGUCCAAGAACCGACCUAAAUCUGUUCCAAAUAGUUUUGGUUAUACUUCUGGAAAAUUAACAGGAGAUUAUAUAAUUGAAGGUUACCAUGACACUAAUGCAUAUCCAGUGCCAACAUUCUACAAUCCUUUACCAUGGCAACCAAUACCUAUUCCAAGACAGAAACAAGAGAAAAAAGUCAGACCCAAAACAAAACGAUAUGUGUGGAAGCCUGAAAAAUAUUUGUAACUGUUAAUUGAUGUUUAGUAUUGUAAACUAGUAUUUUUUAUACGACCGCAAAAAUUAAAAAUUUUUUGGUCGUAUAUUGGUAUGACGUUGGCGUUGGCGUCGUCCGGCGUCGUCCGGCGUCGUCCGAAGACACAUUGGUUUUCGCACUCUAACUUUAGUUUAAGUGAAUGGAUCUCCAUGAAAUUUUACCAUAAGGUUCAAUACCACGAAAGGAAGGUAGGGAUUGAUUUUGGGGGUUAUGGUACCAACAGUUAAGGAAUUAGGGGCCAAAAAGUGGCCAAAAAUAAGCAUUUUUGUAACUUCCAGACAAUAACUUGUGUGUAAGUGUAUGGAUCUCUCUGACAUUGUACCACAAGGUUCCAUAUCACAAAGGGAAGGCUGUAAUUGAUUUUGGGGGUAAUUGCCUCAAAAUUGUAGGAAUUAGGGGCCAAAAAAGGGGCAAAAAACAAGCAUUUUUCUAGUUUCAUGACAAUAACUUGUGUGUAAGUGUUUGGAUAUUUCUGAAAUUGUACUACAAGGUUCCAUAUCACAAAGGGAAAGCUGGAAUUGAGUUUGGGGGUAAUUGCCUGAAACGUUUAGGAAUUGGGGGCCAAAAAGGGGCCAAAAAUAAGCAUUUUUCUAGUUUCCACACAAUAACUUGUGUUCAAGUGUAUGGAUCUCUCUGAAAUUGUACUGCAAGGUACCAUACCACAAAGGGAAGGCUGGGAUUGAGUUUGGGGGUGAUGAAUCAUAAGGGGGUUCAAAGAAUUUGG